GCACGUCGCCUUUUUUAUUUUACAUUUGCUCUGUUCUCCACGCACUAAACCCUAACCCCAAGGCGCGCACACCGGCCAAAUGACAGACGUCGGUGAAUCGGAAACCCUAAUCGAGAUCGUCUCCCCCUCCUCCUCAACGCUCGAUCUCAACCGAUACGUUAACUUCGUUCGCGACCAUGCUGCUGGCGCGAUCGCAACAUUCGAGGGCACCACCCGCGACACCUUCGAUGGGCGUCGCGUCGUGGAGCUCCGGUACGAGGCCUACGUACCCAUGGCCACUCAACUGCUCGCCGGCAUCUGCGCCUCAGCCCGGGAGACCUGGGCACUCCGUCGCAUCGCAGUUGCCCACCGCCUCGGCACGGUUCCCAUCGGCGAGGCGAGCGUCUUCAUUGCCGCCUCCGCUGUUCACCGCGCCGACGCCAUGGAGGCGUGCCGAUUCAUCAUCGAUGAGAUCAAGGCCUCGGUGCCUAUCUGGAAGAAGGAGGUUUAUGAAAACGGCGAGGUUUGGAAGGAGAACAAGGAGUUUUUCGAGCGCCAGCCGGCAGCGGCUCAGGAUAGACCGUCGUGCUGCUGCGGGAGCAAGAUAAGGGUACAAGAUGACGCUAGCGAUGGGUCGGCGGAUGGGUUGAGAGAAUAAGAACGUUGUGAUGGAAAUUUGAAGGUUGACAAUGGUAAGUUGUGUUCAAUGUGAUCUCAGGCUUAACGUGUAGAUCAAUAUUGGUCAAUUUAAUAAAAUCAGGGUCAAUGUUUUAAAA